AUGGUGGAGAUAGAGAAGGUGAAGAAACUGUUGAGUAGAAAGUUUGAGAUGAAGGAUCUGGGAUGUGCAAGGCGGAUCCUACGCAAGGACAUUCAGAGAGAUCGUGCAGGUGGAGUUUUGACAGUAUCUCAGUCAAGCUAUGUUGAAAAGGUGCUUCAAACGUUCAACAUGAAUGAUUCUAAUGCAGUUACUACUCCUGUUGGUUCUCACUUUAAGCUGAAAACUGUUGAAGAUGGAGAACAAGAAACAGAGAUGGAGAAUGUGCCUUAUUCUAAUGCCAUAGGAAGCAUUAUGUAUGCGAUGAUUGGAACAAGAUGUGAUCUCGCUUAUGCUGUUGGGUUAGUGAGCAGGUACAUGUCAAGACCGGGUCUGAUGCAUUGGGCUGCAGUUAAAUGGGUGUUGAGAUAUAUGAAGGGAACAAAGGAACACAAGCUAGUGUUCAGGAAGAAUGGAAACUUCAAGGUAGAAGGUUUCUGCGAUGCAGAUUUCUCAGCAGAUUUGGAUAAGAGGAGAUCGAUCAGCGGUUAUGUUUUCUCAGCCGGAGGGAAUGUCAUUAGCUGGAGGUCAUGUUUGCAACCUGUGGUAGCUCUCUCUACAACAUAG